AUGGGCUCCAAGAAGAACAAGUUGAAAAAGGCGUUUUCCCCUCCUUUCCAACAGUCGCCUCCUCUACCUGAACCAGAUGAUGACGCAGAACUAUUAAAUGAUCUUAUGGCGCAGCUUGACUCUGGAAAUCAAACCGUCCAGGCUGAAUCUGCGCAAGUGAUACAAGAUAUUCAGCGGCAGGAGACGGUCAGCGGUACAAAGAAGGAUCCUAACAGUCGAUAUCAAGCUAGACAGGCAAGGAAAGCCGCAGCGUUGGCAGAAUCAUAUUCUCCUUCCAAUCCUGAAGCUGAUGCACGAUUGAUGCAAGAAGCAAAGGAGGAAGAGUCAAAUAUUCGACGAAUAUGUGAUGAACUGAAUGUCCAGAUCUACGAGAUCAAUCCUGACGGUCACUGUCUAUACUCUGCGAUAGCUGACCAACUUGCUCUCCUAUCGAUCAUACCCCCAGCCCAAGCAAACUAUGCCACAGCUCGUUUAGCGGCUUGCAAUUAUAUGUACUCACAUCCUGACGACUUCAUUCCCUUCCUACCUUCUACUUCCGGUGAAGAUGGUCCUGGCGCCCUAAAUGCUGGAAUAAUCAGCCCCAAAGGGUUUGAAUAUUACUGUCAAGCCAUUCGAGAUACUUCUGAAUGGGGAGGCGAACCUGAAAUCCUUGCUCUCAGUCGCGCUUUUAAUGUUCCUAUCCAUGUUAUCCAAUCCGGACAACCUCCCAUCGUGAUUCAUAAUCCUACUGGAACCCCCAACGAUGGUGACGUACGAGACAAACGGGUUGUUCGAAUCAGUUACCAUCGCCGUAUGUAUGGAUUAGGAGAGCAUUAUAACUCCCUUCGUCCUCAAUCGAAACUUUCAAACAUAUCCAACUCUUUACAGAAUAUCCUGAGCUAA